CACAGUUACUUGUAAAGCGUGUGCACCCCAUGCCCCCCUCCAUUGCCUGUCACACGCUCACGUUUUGGCUCCGUGACUCACUGCUCUGAUCUGCCGAAACAAAAACAUCAGCAGACUCUCAGGCAUAAGGGCAGCGGCGACUUGUUGCGCUCUCUUUCCCCGCCAACAUACAAGCCACAGGAAAUGAAGAAACUUCUGUGUUUCCGGCAUGUGUCAAUCCAGCUCCGCUCAGGCACAAGGUGUUAAAGCGCCAUCUUCAUUCAGCAGAUCCCUCGAAGAGCUGGUUGAUGAGAGCCUCCGGGAUUUUCGAUGAGAACCACUCAAAAUGGAAAUUUCAAGUAGCUCGGUCUUGUCAACGGAGUUUCCAUGGCCCACAUCUGCUGCCAGCGGUAUCUCUUCCAAACCUCCCAAGGAAAAUGAGGGGGUAUCUCCACAAGCUGUAUUCUUAAAGGCUCUUACUGUUCCACUUUGUCAAUUGGCUCAGCAAGGGAAUAUUCAGCCAUCAUUCCAGUUGACAACUGGUGGUCAAGGCUUACCAGUGGACAGUUCUAAUAUGUCUGUGAUAAUAAGCCCACAAACACCAGCUAUAACCCAAACAUCCCCAGCCCCUACUCUUACAUUGAAAAUCUUAAACACUUUACCGAUUCUACAACCCAACAGCUCACCCAGUCUCAUAGGAACCCCUCUAAGCAAGUCAAAGAAUGCAGGGAAACACAUAUGUACACAUUGUGGGAGAGAUUGCUUGAAACCAAGUGUUCUGGAGAAGCACAUUCGCUCACAUACGGGAGAAAGGCCAUUUCCCUGUGUCACUUGUGGUAUUUCAUUUAAAACGCAGAGCAACCUGUACAAACACCGCAAGACACAGACCCAUGUAAAUAAUUCCAAAAUGAGCUAUGAUUCUGACUGUGGUAAUUGUCAAGAUGAGAAAGCUGCUAAGCAGGUUGGAGAAUAUCCCUCAGGAUCCCAUACUGUAGGCAAAGAAGCUCAAAAUAAUACAUCAGACAGUAGGGUCGCUAUGAAGGAACACAUUCAUUCUCUAAUCUCAGGAAAUGAAACAACUGUACCUGUCCAUUUUUCUCAGACGAACAGUGGGAGAACACUAGAGGAGACCAAGCAAGAUUCUUUUCCAUUUGUCUUAUCAACUUUAUCAAACCAAAAGGGAAUGCUGAAGGGUCAACGUUCUCCCACAUCCACUAAACAGAUUUACCUGCAAAGACAGCAGGAAUCCUUUGUGGAUAAACAAAGGGAUAGCAGUCCCUCUGAGCGUAAACUGAAGAAGUGUGAGAGCACGGACUCUGGAUAUUUGUCCCACUCAGACAGUGCCGACCUCCAGAUGUUUACAGGUAGUCCUCUUCAUAGUCUGUCAGAGAGCAGCAUGGAGUCUGAAAACCUGCUCGGCACAAGUAUCAGCACCUCUGCCACAGAAUUCGGAGAUAAAAUGGGGAUAAAGACACUGGAGGAACGAAUAUCCUUGCUAAUUUCACAAAAUGAAGCAGUGGUUGAUGAUACGCACCUGGACAAUGUUCGUCCACGAAAGACAGCUUUGUCAAAACAAGGUAGUAUUGAUCUCCCGAUGCCUUACACUUUUAAAGAUUCCUUUCACUUUGAUAUGAAGUCUUUUGAUAUGAACAGAAAGAAAGUAUCAUUAUGCUCAGCCAAGUCUAUCUUCACUCCACCCGAGAAAAAUAAGCCUCUCUUUUUUCAUUCUGUACCUACUCAGUUCUCCACAACUAUAGACUGCAUGACAUUGGCCCGCAGUAACUCUCUGCCAUUUGUGGAUAGGCAAAGGGUACCUCCAGAUAAAAUCGAUAUUCAUAUGAACAGGCAGAGUUGCCACAAAAAACAGCCUUUAGACGCAAGCUUUGCCAAUCUCUUUCUCACCAAUACAGCAGUGUCCUGUACUGUAGACCUUUCAAGCAGUCAUCCUCGAGGACUUGUUAGGCAAACGGCUGUAGAUGAGAUACCACAGCCUCACCCUUGCGAAAGCCAUGGUUCUGAAGAAAUAAAGAAUAAAAAGACAAACGCUGUUGAUCGAUCAGGUUCUAAUAGUAAAUCCAUGAAUAAGAAAGGAUCUCAAAAGAAAGCAAACAUGUUUUCUCAUGAGAAGUGGCAAAUGUAUGGGGAUGAAACAUUCAAAAAAUUUUACCAAAAAAUCAAGAAGAAUGAGGGCACGAGGAAAUCAAAGCAAGAUGCGUCAGCACCAGAUGAACUGUUGAAUAAUGAAGAGAAUUGGCAGAAUUUUACUUCUGCGGUGAAGUCUGGUGAGUGUCACACUUCACAACCAAGGCCUUCAUCUGCAAGUUUGGCCUCCAACAAUUCAUAUUUAAGCUCCCAGGUCAAAUGUUCAUUUGGAAUCCCAUCAGGAGACAAAACACAGCAAAGAACAAUGGAACAUCAGAUACCCAGUGAAGAUAGUAUUCCCUCCAAAGAUAUUCCAAACUUAUUAAACUCAGGAAUGAAAUCUAUUCCAUCUGCUCAAAAUAUUUUUUGUGAUUUGGAAAAUGAUCUUAAGCCACUGAGAAACCAGCAAACUGAUAUAUCAUCUUCUGGCUUGGACAUGGUUUUAAGCAAGGUUAAUAAUGAACGGUGCAAGGUCACCAGUGUUUCAAAGACAGAGGACAGCAAAGUCUUCAUUCCAAAUUGUGUACAGUCUCCUUCAAAAAGCAAAAAACCCAAAGUGGAAACUCAUAAAGAUAGAUCGACCACAGUAAAUAACAAAUGUAUAAAAAGAGAGAUUCCCUCUCAUUCUGAAUACAAAAAUAAUGAUAUAUGCACAUUCCCAACAUCAACAGAAACGACUGAUUUAAAAAGAAAUAUUGAAGACAUUGAUAUGAACAGGGGGCCUGAUACCAUAGACAAGCAGUUAUUCAAUAAUAAUAUCUUAUCCUCUUCUACAUCUUUACAAUCCAAGGAAGCUCACACAAGCGUUGUUCACUCUGAGAAAGUAGGACCAAGUAUUCUAUGGAAAUCUGUUUAUCAGUCUACUGAGCCAUUAUCCACACAGAAAGAAAAUGCCUUCUCUCCAAGUUAUCAAAUCAAAUUACAUGCUACUGGACCACAAGUUACUUCUUCCCUUGAGGAUAAGCUUGGUAAUGGAUAUGUUAUUUCAUUUGAAGAAAGAAAAAAAUCAGCUGAUGUUUUGAGCUCCACGCAGUUGAUGGAGCACAGAGACACCUCAUAUCUUGCAGAUGAUGAAUCAGAGACAGAUCACCAUAGAGGAGAAGCCACCAAGCUCACAAAUGUAACAAUCUCUUCUACACAAGUGAGUUGGAAUGAUGUACAUCCCUGUUCCUCUUCAGUGUUUACCCACUGUCCACAAGAUAAGAGUUGUAGUGUCGAGGGACAGGGGCAUCCUAUAGGCAUAUUGCAGAGGGGAAUGACCUUAGACUAUACUGUACCUGAGAAACCUUUCUACAGUGGUGGAUUUGUAAUUUCUUCUGAUCUUCCUUGCCCAGAUCAGAUACUGCAGUGUCUUAGAAUUGAAAGUGAUGAACAAAUGUCAACAUCAAUGAAAACAGCAGCAGAGGAAAGCUGUGCUCCGAAAAAAGAAAAUGGUGGCAAGAUGUCGUUCAAUUUUAUUACCAACUCCUCCCAGGAUCAAAGCAGUGUGCUAUAUUAUACUGACCCAACUGCCCUCAAGCCCCCCUGGAACCACCAGGCCAGUGCAGUAACUACUCAGGAGCAACAAUGCCCUGUAGUGAAAACAGCCAGUGUAUCGUUGGCCUUAGACAAACUCAACAUCCAGUCUACGAAAGUCACCUUCUCAACCUUAAGCACCGAGUCAAAACCUACAUGGUGCUGUCUGAAUAGAAGUGUCCCCCUUCCAGCUGUGCAAAAGAAAUGUUCAUCAAUCUACUCCACCUUACCUGAAAUGUGUAAGGACAAGAAAUCAGGAUCUGUCCCUCUUACUUCAUCCAUAGAUGUGAGGCAUAAAGUCAACAACAACAUAGACUUUCAUAUAAACUUGACUGGCAAUCCUGAUCUUCAAGAUUUAUUCCUGCCUGAGCCCUCAAGCAAACAAAAGGAAACUUCAGAACCUUUGGGCUGUUCUUUCCCAAACAGCCUCUUGGAGGACAGCGGGAUAAAAGAGCACGUUUGUAUAUCCAAGACCACAGCAAAAAAGGACAACAAGACACUGGGAAAUAUUAGGCACAAGAAGAAGGGCAGCACCAUUGCUCAGGGGAAACGGAAACUUUUUGGAGCGAAUAAGCUGCGGAGGUGCAGAAAUGUUCUUUCACAUCACGUGACCAAGCAAAACCUCUGGCACAACCAGAAGAAGUUCAGUUUUCCUUCUCAUUGGGACACAGCCGAAGGUUUUAAUAAACUGAAGCCUCCCCGAAGAAAAAUAACCGCAGGCAAAUGUGGAGAGCAGAGGGUGAGCUCUGAAGUUAUGCACCACCUUGACGUGUACAAGAAGAAUGUGGUAGAGGACCCUGGAUCGGCCAACCCGGAAAGGCUAAAAACAGAUGCUGAUAACUCAGUACCAAAUUUAAUGGCACUGUCUGCUGACAUCAAAUCAGUUACCAGUCUAAACAUGAACACGUGUUUGGCUGAAUUAAUGGUGCAGUCAGAGAUUUUUCAAGAUGCCUGUUUAAAGCAACAGAAGUCUAUGUUGUCUUCUGCAGAGAGUAAUGAUGUUUUCAUCCAGGAAAACAAUGAAGAUGGAACAUCUUUCCCAGAGAUAAAAAAGGACAAUAUACAGCAAAAUCCCAUAGAUGUUCUACCACUAAACCCUACCCAGAAAGUCUUACAUAGAUCUAAAACCAUAGCAAGCAGCUUAGAAGGUCAAGCUGUACAGAGUAAUUUGUCUCACAACAUUACUCCUAACGAUGCAGUUGUGUCAUGCACCAAUCUCAGUGCUCCAAGAUUAUCACAUCAUGGUGAUUGUGGAACAUCAUUGUGUAACUCUCAUGAGCUCCAAGGUGUUGUCAUUCAAACCUCAGAAGGUACAACAUCAGUUGAAGGUUCUUUAGAAUCCAAAACCAGUUGGCUUAAAGAGGAACCUCCAUCCCAGAGUCUGAUUAAUCUGGAUGACUCCCAACCAAUGCUUUUUCAGUGUCAGAAAAAGCUCAGCCUUGAGGUGAUGAGGAAACAAACCCGUGUGGAUUACAGCGACUCAAGUAGCGAUGAUGAAGAUAGGCUGGUUAUUGAUGUCCCUCAACUCAUGGGUAAUGAAAAACAGGCACAAACAUCAUAACAUUUUUUUUUAAGCAGACGUAGCUGCUGAACAGAAGGAAUCUGUAUUAUUUUUAACUUAGGGUAGUAGGAGUCAUCUCCGAUUUAAGGCACUGGACAUUAUUUUCAUAGUCUCUAUGGUUCCUGUGCCAUUUUAGCCAAGCAGACUUGCAAUUCUGUUUUUUUUUUGUCCCCCCCCAUAGAAUACCUGGCGCCUGCAGCAGAGGGAAAGAUUUUUUUAUUUUCUACUAAAACCCUUCAUUUUAUUAAAGGACAAAACCUUCAGCCUUAUACAUAGAAGGUUUUAAGCACCUUAUACCAACGGACGAUGAAGAAGACGAACAAAUAAGCCAUCAUUUAUAGGGGCUUAGAACUUUUUUGAGGUAUGGAAGUUAACUGCUGGGACCAUAGAUGUCUGUGUUUGUUUCCCACCCCAGAACUGUGGAGUUUAGCCAUGUCCAGCACUUUGAAACGAUUUUGAUGGCCCCAAACGUCUUAUUUUUAUUUUACUGGGCCGCCAUAUAACUGACAGCUUGAUUGCGGGUUUCCAAAGGUAACCCACCUACAUACGUGUAAAAACCUGUCCAUUUCCUUUCUUUCUACAUGUCGGCUAUAUUUAUAUUUGUAAAUACUGGGUCAAUACCACAGGACCUGUGUUUCUGACAAUUUAUAUAUAUAUAUGUAUUUAUAAAAUUGUUCCCAGGACAGACUGGAUCCUCUUAAAUCAGUUAUACCACUUUAAUAAUUGACUUUCCGAAGCAGUGCAAAUUCUGUUUGCCUAAUUAUAGUCAAACAGGAGUAAUCUUAUUCCCAUUGCGUAGAAAUGUUGAUUUGUUUUCCGUUCUAAGGCCUGUAAAGCCUGUUUAAUUGGCUAAAGGAAGCAAGACAGGAGAAAUGUAUUAGGGUUGUCAUCUGAGCCAUCUGUGCAUUAAGGUUUGACAGGGGCCCAGGGUGGCUCCUAAUGAUCCCCUUUAAUCAAGUAGAAUUUCCUCCUGUAGAAGCAUAAAGCCUUCUGAAAACAGAAGGUAUUUACUUGUGUCGUGCCAUAUACAUAGCAACCAGGCUAGGUUCUCUGCUCCUGUAGUAGUUAAUAUUAACUAAACUGCUAUGAUAACAUUUCCACACACGGGGGUGUCAUCAAACUGUCGAACACAGGCAACUGAAUCCGAAUUCUGCUCAUUUACACUAUCUCCCUUGCACUGGAGACUGGAAUUAGGCAGAAGAGAAGUGUUAUUGAGUCUUGAAAUGAGCAGCUAUCAUGUCUCAUUCAGCUUUUAAGAUAGGGUUUUAUGUUUCUCUUUUAAAGCUUGAGGAAAUGCCGACCGGAGGACUGUCUGAUAUUUUUCAUUCCAGCUGACACUAUGCAUCCCUGUAAAACAUGAACCCAAAUAAAAGAGAGCUAUGUGUAAUUUU